AUGACCCGAUCCAAGCAGCGGGAGAGGCAGUCGACAGAGGCAGCGCUGUCCGCGGGUGGCGAUGGCGCAACCCCAAUCCUCCUCUUCCGCAUCGCCAUUCCCGAGCGCCAGAAGAAGUCGUGGCAGACCGCCUUCGCCCCUCCGCCAUCCUCCCCCCUGCACCACUGCGCCAUGGGGUAUGCCGCCACCGCAGGCGUCGUGGGGGGCGGAAGGCCAGGGGCAGCGCGGUACGUGGUGACAGUAGCGGAUGAUGCUAUAGAGGGUGCGCCUGAGGGGAGUCUCAGGUGGGCAGUGGCGAACCUUGGCGGAGGGACCGGGGGAGGGCCCGGCGAACGGCAGGGGCUGUACGUGACGUUCAACCGGUCGAUGACGCUUCGGCUCAAGUCGCGCCUGUUCCUGGCGUCGCACACCACAAUUGACGGCCGGGGCGUGCGUGUGAGGCUGCUGGGCAACGGCUUGGUACUGCAGAACGUGACCAACGUCAUCAUCCACAACAUUGAACUUGGGAACCAGCCUGGGGAUCAUGAUGUGCUCCCCAUUCGCAGCAGCCAGGUGGUGUGGAUCGACCACUGCCAUGUGUACAACGGCCACCGCGGCACUGUAGACGUCGUCUACAACUCCACGGAUGUGACUAUAUCGAAUUGCCGCAUCCACAACCACCGCCUGACCAUGCUCCUGGGGGCGGACGACUCGCACGAGUACGACCGCAACAUGCGCGUUACGGUGUAUCGCAACUGGUUUGAGAAAUCCGGGCAGCGCCAGCCGCAUUGCCGCUGGGGGCAGUGCCACGUGGCCAACAAUUUGUACACCGAUUGGGCUUUCUACUGCCUCGGUGGGAGAGUCUUUGCUAAGAUUCGGUCAGAGGCGAAUGUUUUCCGGGCAGGGCGGGCACGGAAGGAGGAGCCGCCGCCGCACGUCCGCGCGAAGCCAAACCCCGCCGACAUGCUGGACUGGCACUUCGUGCUGGAGGGCAGCCCCGGCACGCCGUACGAGGGCGGGUGGUACCACGGACGGCUCAGAUUUCCUGCCGAUUACCCUUUUAAACCGCCGAGCAUUAUGAUGCUUACCCCCAACGGACGAUUCGCCACCAGCACUCGCAUUUGCAUGAGCAUGAGUGAUUUCCAUCCCGAGACGUGGAACCCCAUGUGGUCCGUCGCCAGCAUUCUGACCGGCCUUCUCUCCUUCAUGUCGGACGAUGCAGUGACGGCGGGCAGCAUAGUGGCGUCGGAGGCGGACAGGCGCAAGCUAGCGCGCCUCUCCAUGCCCAACAACUGCCGCAGCCCCGUGUUCCGCAAGCUCUUCCCGGACCUGGUGGACAGCUACACGGCAUCGCUGGCAUCGGCAGCAGAGGCAGCAGAGGGGGCAGAUUCCGCCAGCAGAGCACAAGGGGAUGGCGCAGAGGGGAGGGGGAAGGGUGCAGGGAAGGGCAGGCGGGUGGUGGAAGCUGCUGCUGCAGUGGUGGGGAGUCGGGAAGGGAAGGGCAGUGAAGGGGGGAGGGAGCUGAGGGUAGGAGGUCAGGGAGGGGCAGAGAGAAAAGAGGGGGGCAUGCGGAGGGUGGUUAGAACAGGAGGGAAGACGGGUGUUGCUGGUGCGUUUGGUGCAGGGAAGACAGCAGAGGCAGGUGCAGCAGGGUCAGGCAGUGCGAGUGGGAAGCAGCAGCCUGGCCUGUCAAGCUUGUCGUUUUGGGUCACUGCUGCUGUUGUGCUGCUGUGUGGGUGUGUCAUGGCGGUGCCGUUCCUUGAUUCCUUGUCCUCCUCUCUGCUUCGGUUAUCUUGA